AUGGCGUUUGUCCAAAAAGGAUCGAGCUCCCUGCAGUCGACACAUGGCAGGCUGGGAUUGGCCGUGCUGCUGCUGAUCUUCCUCCAGCCAAUCAUUGGACAGCUGAGGCCUGUCAAGGGCCACGUGUCGCGACGCUAUUGGUUCGCGCUGCAUUGGGUGGUGGGAGUGGCGAUUGUGGCAAUGGCUUGGAGCAACAUGUUCCUUGGGCUUGACCUCGCAAGCAGCAGAUUCGGCUACAACCUUGAAUGGUAUUACAUUGCAUUCGCAGUUAUGAUUGUGACUUUUGAGUCGACUCAAAAGUCGCCGCGUGUUCAGUUCCUGUUUCCCGUUGCGCCUGAGCGGCUCGUUCCAGGCGCGUUGAUCCCAAUGGACGCUCCCGCGGGUCGCGGCGUGCGUUACACGUCAGUAACCGGCGCUUCGGGAGAUUCGAUUUCAUCAGCUGGUGGCCGCUUCUCUCCCGCCCUCGGCCCAACUUCUCGCGGAAUUUCCGGCGGGAAUGGUGGCGGCGCCCCGGAGGACCGCGCGAGGCGCGUUAAGAGCCUAUUAGAAGGGUAUUACGGGCACGGGGGUGGAGCACCGGGAGCGGAAGACGCGUCGGGAUCGGCGGCGGGAAGUUCGGGGGGUCGCGACGACAUCAAUUCGCGAGCGUUUGACGCGGACUCGUUUGUAGCAAACUUGAUCCGACAAGCCAAGCUGGAUGAUUUGCUGCAGAAGCACGUGUCAUGGGCCGCAGAAAUCAAGAACCUGGACAGUGACAUGCAGAUGCUGGUUUACGAGAACUACAGCAAGUUCAUCAGCGCUACUGAUACCAUCCGCACCAUGAAGGACAAUGUGGCGAGUAUGGAGUCCAGUAUGGACCAGCUGCUCCUUCCUCGCAUCCACUCACCCUCCUCCAUCCUUCCCCUCCCCUCUGACUUGUUGCUGUUCCUGCUCCCCCAACCCCCCCAUCAGCAUGAAGGACAAUGUGGCAACAUGAAGGACAAUGUGGCAAGUAUGGAAUCCAGUCUGGACCAGCUACUCGCCUGUACCCCACUCACCUGCCUCUUUGCCGUGUUUCAUUGCCCUUCCCUUGCAAUGCAACCAACCAUCAGCAUGAAGGAUAAUGUGGCGAGUAUGAAAUCCAGUAUGGGCCAGCUGCUGCUUUGUUUUGUCACACUCACCCACUCCCUCCCUCGCUAUUCCCUCUCCGUCUCACCUGCAAUCCCUCCCACCAGCAUGAAGGACAAUGUGGCGAGUAUGAAAUCCAGUGUGGGCCCGCUGCUGCUUGCGUCCACUCAACAUCCCCCUCUGCUUCCCAUCUUCUCUUUGCCCUCUCCUCCUCCCCGCUCCCUCCCAUCAGCAUGA